AAAGACCCAUGUAUUUCAAAGCUGACCCUGCUUUUACUUGGAGAGACUGAGUGGAAAGAGCUCAGUAGGGAACACCAUAUUGGGAAAGAGGGAAUUUCAUACAGGGGUAAUGACAACUCACAGCUCCAAGAGGAAGGGCACUGUUGCUGGAAGACAGGUGACGGUGGUGGACACGCCUGGAUGGUACAAGCCCCUCUGUUCCCUGAGGCUCCAUGCCAUCCUCCUGCUGGUCUCUGCCACAUGGGACUUCAGUCAGGGAGAAUGGAGGACCAUCUGAGGCAGAUCCAGACCCCUAUCUGGCAGAGAGCUAUAGUGCUCCUCACCCAUGGAGCUGGGAUACCAGGAGGAACCACCGUCGAGGAACACAUCCAAAGGAAGGGCAAGAGUCUGCUGUGGCUUGUGGAGAGGUGUGGGAACAAGUUCCAUGUUCUGGACAGCCAAGCCAGGGACAAAGAGGUUCAGGUCCAAUUGCUGUUGGAGAAAAUGGAUAGGAUGGUGGAGAUAAAUAGCCGCCCAAGGGAAAUACAGGAGAGGUUGUACAGCCAGGUGAGAGAGAGCUUAAGGAUGGAUGGAGGGAAACAGCAGGGAGAGGACAUGGACAUUCUUGUCAUGCAGGACAUGAGGACAAGGCAGAACCAGCAGGUCACAGCAGUGGUACCCAUAGGUAAGUGCUCUGCUCUCACAAGGCUCAAUGAUGAGCUGGGGUGUAAAAUUGCAUGUUUGUGGCAAAGGUUAAAGAACACGAUUGCAAAUAGAGAACAUUAGGCUACUUAGUAGCAUUGCAUAAUUGCACAGGCUAUAUUGAGAUGUUUUUGUUUCUUUCUGACAGAGACAUCCAAACGUAGGCCAGCUGCGUUUGGCCUUGUGCUGCUGGGAAGAAGAUUUUCUGGGAAGAAUUCAGCAAGAAAUACCAUUCUUGGCAGACCAGAGCAAAAGAACAGUGCAGUGUGUGGUGGGACAGGGAGAGGUGGAAGGGAGGACAGUCACAGUGGUGGACACUCCCGGUUGGAGUCUCUACGGUCUGUCCAACCCGAAGCAGGUCAGACUGGAGAUGAGGCAGUGCAUCCCUGUGCCCCUAUGGGGUAG